CGUCAUAGAACUGCGCCGGAAGAGGCUGCCUCUCUUUUUCCAACCAGUGUGCGUGCUCUGUACCUGCUGCUGCUGCCGUUCGUUGUGCGGCACCAUGUCUUUCCCCACCGAAGAAUUCGAAGUGAGUGCUCAGGGUCACAUUGAUAUAGAGCCUCGUUAACUGAAAGCAUUAUGGCAGCAGCUAGUUUGUGAGUGUUACUGAUUGGGUUUGAAUGGGUAGCUGCACCGUUGGUGGAGGCAGGGGUGUUGGCCUAACCAUAUUCAGAAUACUGGAUAAAAGCUCAUAGCUGCUGAUUGCUGUUGGAUAAUAACCCACCGUUAUCUUUAUAUUACAAUUCACAGCAGAAAAAAAAAGUUUAUUCCUUAAACCAGAGAACAUGGAGAUUUGGAAAACUAAUUGUAAUUUUAGACCAAUUUUAGUAAAACAGCUUAAUUGGCAAAUGUUUCGAGUUCGGCUAGCAUUUAGUAUUCUAUGCUGAUACUCCACAAUUCUGUAUUUAAUAAACUGAUCGUGACUUAGUAUGUUUUUAUGUACUGUAGUACUACUUAUGGAAAACUUUUUAAUGUUGACUAAAGUAACGUUUACUACAUGUUUAAUGUUAUUUUGCCUACCAUAUUUUAUGUUUAAGUUUAAGGUAUUCUAUUGCAAUUUUUUUCCUUUUUCCUCCCUAGACACCGUAUGAUCCAUACACUUAUCAAGCGGCGGAUUAUGAUAUGCACACAGGUAUGUUCCGCUGACUUAUAUCCUGUGAAGCUACAGUGUCAUAUAAGUGACCUGACCAGUUCAGGUUUUACAGUUAGAAUUUUGAUUUAGUGGUUAUAUAUCUAAUUUUGGGGCAUUAAAGCAGUUUGUUCAAAUUUAUCUGCAAAGUUCUACCAUUUGUGAAAGUAGAUACUCCAGAUACUACCUUGUUAGUGUUUCUUUGAACCCGUUGUUUCUCAUUGCAAAUGCAUCCUGUUUGUUCAUCUUGUUACAGGAGACCCUAAGCAAGACCUGGCAUAUGAGCGGCAGUAUGAACAACAGACUUACCAGGUCAUCCCUGAGGUGAUCAAAAACUUCAUUCAGUACUUUCACAAAACCGUUUCUGACCUGAUUGACCAGAAGGUUUAUGAGCUACAAGCCAGCAGAGUGUCUAGUGAUCUAAUCGAUCAAAAGGUUUAUGAGAUUCAAGACAUCUAUGAAAAUAGGUUAGUGCUGUCACCUUGCUUUCCAGAAAGAGGGUUUUUGUUGACAGUCUUAUGUUGUGGAAAUUAAUCACUCUGUGUGUGUAUAUGUGUGUGUGUAUGUGUGUGUGUGUAUAUAUAUAUAUAUAUAUAUAUAUAUUUAUAUAUAUUUUUUUUUUUAUUUUUUUUUUUUUUUUUACCUUACUCACUCUUUUCAUCCUGCAGUUGGGCAAAGUUGACAGAGCGUUUUUUCAAGAACUCUCCCUGGCCUGAGGCAGAAGCCAUUGCCCCCCAAGUAGGAAAUGGUGAGUAGAUGUGGGUUUUUGCAAUAAAAUUGUCUGUUUUGCAGUGGUGUUGAAAAUAAUUUUAUGUUGUAAAUCGGAUAUGGUUUGUGUUUGCAAGUUCUUAAUUGUGGGGAGUCCUGAAUCUCAGCUGUGGCUGUUCGUGCUUGGACCAUACGUUCCAGCAGACCGAGUCUGAUAACUGUUUCCAUUUGAGCCCAGAAACUGUGUGGAUCUGUGUGAACUCCUUUUUUGGCUUGUGAUUCUGGAAGGUUUUUUUACACUCUAAUUUGGAAAUAACGUUCAGUUUCAGUCUUUUGAUAGGGUGCAUUGUCCAGACAGGAGAAUACAGAAAUAUAAAUAUUUAAAUAGCUUAUUUAAUUACACCUGUGCUCCUGACAGUGUCCUGAAGUGGGUUUGUUACAAGAUCAAUUAGUGGUUGAUCUUGUUCUUAAAUAUGUUUGCUUCCCUGAUAUUGUUCCUUUUCCAUAUUAUUUACUUGUCAGAACUCCCUUGUCUUAUAGCGUGUGUUUUUUUUUUUUUUUUUGAUACAUUGUCCUUUGGACCUUUUUAAGGAAACUAUAUUAAAUAUGUAGAUUCCUUUUUAGGAGUACUGUAUGAAUGAGACCUAGCAGUUAAACGCUUUUACCUUCAUAAUUUCAGAUGCUGUGUUCCUGAUUCUGUACAAAGAACUGUAUUACAGACACAUAUACGCCAAAGUCAGUGUAAGUAUCUGCAGGAGUAGAUUGUGCUCUAUAGCCUACUAUAAUCUAUAUUGGAGGCUAGCCCGAGUAACACGCAUUCUUAUUAAAAGAUUUCCAAAGUUAUGUAAAUGUGUGGUUUACUCACACAGUAGUAGUUUGUUAGGUGCAUUUAUACUGUCAAUGUAUUUUGUAUUGCACUCCACAGAUAGUAAUGAACUUUGAGUUUGGACUCUUUGAAAGUUUGGUGCUUUCCCUUAAAAGCAUUUUUAAAAGUAAUUCUUUCAAAUGUGGAUUAUUAAAGUGAAUAUUCAGAGACUGGUACUUAAAUUGCAUUUUAUGCACAACAUAGUGUCUGGACAAGUUGGUGGUUCCUGAGUAAUUACGAAGUCAUCUUAAGUGUUCAAUAGUUCUGUACAAAUAACAUGCCGAGGAAGAUAAAGUGCUACAGAACUGGUUAACAUUGGCAUCUUUCCUCUGAUUACUUUACAGGGCGGACCAACGCUGGAGCAACGAUUUGAAUCUUAUUACAACUACUGCAACCUUUUCAAUUACAUUCUCAGUAAGUGUACAAGACUGACAUUUACAUGUUCACUUUGUUAAAGAAGCACUAUAGUGCCAGGAAAACAAACCCGUUUUCCAAGCACUAUAGGGUUACUAGGUUCCCCCAUUCCUGCUGGGUUGAAGGGGUUAAAGCUCAAUCAGCCACUUACCUUAAUCCAGCUUCUGGCUCCCUUGGCGCUGGUUACCUCUCCUCCCACUGCCGAAGUCAGCUCCCGACUGGAGCCGCAUGUGCAGCCAGAGCCGUGCGCACAUUCAAGCCGCCCAUAGGAAAGCACUAUUCAAUGCUUUCCUAUGGGGAUCUGAACUUGCGCUGCGUGAGAUCAAUGCGAUUUUCAUACUGAGAAUCGCGGAAGCGUCCUCUAGUGGCUGUCAGGGAGACAGCUACCAGAGGAUGGAUUAACCCUGCAGUGUAAACAUAGCAGUUUCUCUGAAACUGUUUUCAGCUGCAGGGUUAAAACUAGGGGGACCUGGCACUCGGACCACUUAAUUGAGCUGAAGUGGUCUGAGUGCCUAUAGUGGUCCUUUUAAUGUGUGUAUGUAUACUUGUUUACAAAAAUAGAGUAGCUCUGAGUCUGUACAUGACUCUGAUAAAUGUAGCUUAUCCUCAGAGGUAAUAUUUAACAGUGUUUUUGAUGUAUACUCAUAAACAGUUAUACUUGUAUCAUAAUUAUCAGCUAGAGUGUGACUUCAGGGCAACGCCAUUUUUAUUAAUUAAAUGCUCGGUGCAGUGUAUCUAAUAAGUAUGUACGAGAUCUAUUAUAUGUCAUGGCCUAAUAAUCUUAUUUUUUACUUUAGAUGCAGAUGGUCCUGCUCCACUGGAACUUCCAAACCAAUGGCUUUGGGAUAUAAUUGAUGAAUUUAUAUAUCAGGUAUUGUUAAAAAUGUUGUUCCUCUUAUUUUGCUAUCUCAUCAAAGUACCUCACAUGCCUAUUUGUCUUCAGUCUUCUAGUUUGAAAAUUAAAUGUUUUGCUUUUAGCAUGAUUUCCAUUUUCUUCUAAAAUAUAUAUAUUUUUCCCUACUUCAUUGCCACAGUUCCAGUCUUUCAGUCAGUACCGAUGCAAAACAGCCAAGAAAUCAGAAGAGGAGAUUGAGUUUCUGCGUUCCAACCCAAAAAUCUGGAACGUGCAUAGUGUUCUGAAUGUUUUGCAUUCCUUGGUGGACAAAUCCAACAUUAAUCGUCAGCUAGAGGUUUACACAAGUGGAGGUGAGACUAUUUCUUUGUAUACCUUCUAGGUUUCAUGUUUUACAAAUGUCCCAGUCCACUUACCUGUGAUUAUGGUGUUCUAUGGGAACAAUGUUUGAAAUUAAGAAUUUGAGGAUGGAUGGUGCACUUGACUGUGAUCUGUAGGUCUGUAUUCUACCAUGCUGCUCCUUAAGUGAUGCUAUAAGUUCUGAUUUAUUUACUUAUUUUGAGAGGUCUUGUAAAACUGUAAAUUUAAAAUAUCUAAAUAUUGAUGUCUUAUGCUGCUGAUUGUUUGCAUGUGUACUUUGCUCUCACUGGAGAUACUUUAAACCGAGGGUAGGCAACAUUUGGCCCUUCGGAUGUUGUGGACUACAUCAUAAUGCUGGCAAAGCAUCAGGGGAGAUGUAGUCCACAACAUCUGGAAUGCCAAACGUUGCUUACCCCUGCUCUAUACCAAUGCUAAAUGGAACGGUCAUGUGAAUAAAAGAAUAGUUUUAUAUUCGAUUGUUAAACGGUUUCUUUUGGUGUAUGAGUAAUCUUUUUUUAUAAAGCACAAGCAGUUCAUUGUAGUACCUUCUAUUGUACAAUGCCAUGGAAGAUGACCCCUGAAAAAGAUUACAUGCAUUAACAUAUGCAUACAGAUACAUUGGAGUGCAGAAGGAUCAAGAGUCCUGUUUUUGCAAGCUUACAGGAUUUUGCGGGUUAUAGGGUCAUUGAGCUGUUUUUGUUUGUGAAUAACUGGAAUGCUAACUGGGUGAUGAAAUGGACCACUUUGAAUAAGCAGUUUUGGAUUAUCACUUGGAAUUCCAUGCUUGAUGUAAUGAGGGGGGCUGUUGGGGCUUCUAGAACAGGACACCAAACAUUUAACAAGUAACAGUGUUAUUUACUAAAGGCUGAAUUGAAAGAGAAUUAGAAAUUUAAGGACAGAGUAGCCAAAAUGAAAGCAUAGCUGACUUAGAGAGUUUUUCCAGUUCCACCAUUUUGACCUUAAAUUUUAAAUUCAAUUAGAAUUUUUGCUUGCGUGAAUAACUCUUUUAAUCUAGCUAAGGUGUUCUUGGUGAAUAUAAGAGGGUCUAGGCAUUUGUCUAUAAUGAAUCAAUGGGCUCUGGGUUUAGUGAGCUUGUGAUAUUUUCUGUAGUAUCUGUGCACAUUAAGAUAUAGGAUGAUUGCUCAAAUUCAUGUGACUGUAGUCUACCUUGCAUGAUUAACUUAUUUGAAUAAUUAGACAUUUCUUAGUGCCAAAUAUUUUUAUAGUGUCUAACUACUAGUAACGUACUUACUGCAAAAGCAUGGUGAUUUGGUUUGUCCGUGAUCCACUAUUGUGUGACAUUUUUGCAUAUAGGAAAGUUAUAGUUGCAUGUUUUUUGAUAAUUCUUUGUUUCUAGGUGACCCUGAGAGUGUGGCUGGAGAGUAUGGACGACACUCUCUGUACAAAAUGCUUGGAUACUUCAGCCUGGUUGGACUUUUGCGUCUUCAUUCGUUACUUGGUGAUUAUUACCAAGCUAUCAAGGUCUUGGAGAACAUAGAACUCAACAAGAAGGUAUGUGUUUUACAUGCUAGAUUUUUGUAGCUGCUCUGCUCUUCUACAGCUGUUUGCUCAUUUCAAAUGUGAUCUCCUUUCUGAUGGUCUUCUUUCAGAUGCAUUGUGACUACUCUACAACCCCUAUCUAAAUGAAAUUACUUUCUACCCCUACAGAGCAUGUACUCUCGAGUUCCAGAGUGCCAGGUCACUACAUAUUACUAUGUGGGCUUUGCAUACCUUAUGAUGCGAAGAUAUCAGGAUGCUAUUCGAGUGUUUGCCAACAUUUUGCUGUAUAUCCAAAGGACGAAGAGCAUGUUUCAGAGGACUACAUACAAGUACGAAAUGGUAAGACUUCUUAAUUGUUUCUUCUAUUGAAUAUUACUUUACCAACCUUAACUCUGUUUUAUGAAUGAGUGGCAAGAGAGAACUUAUCUCAUUUACUUUGAGUCUUGCUGUUUUUUUUUUUUUUUCCUCUCCACUCUGAACGUUCUUUACCCUCAUUUGUCAUAUCACUGUUCAAUUUCAUCACGGUUUUCCCUUUACUGUGUCAAUCUUCCACUUACAUGUAGUUUGUCUCUUGAUUUUUUUAUUUUUUAUUUUACAGAUAAACAAGCAGAAUGAGCAGAUGCAUGCCCUUCUGGCUAUUGCACUAACCAUGUACCCAAUGCGAAUUGAUGAAAGUAUCCACACUCAGCUUAGAGAGAAAUAUGGUGACAAGAUGCUGCGCAUGCAGAAAGGGUAAGGAAUCAAUGUAGUGGGGAAAAAAGGUUUGCUAAUCUAAGCGUUAUGGGUUGUUUUGUUUUUUUGAUACCGUGGAUACUGUCAAAGGAAUCAUCCAUGAAAUAUCUGUAAACAUUUCAUAAUCCUAAUCUCCUAAACCACACACUCACAGAACACAAAGUGCUGUCUGUUUAGAUGUGAAAGAAAAUUUAAAUCAGACUACAUACUUUUGGCUCCUAACUAUGGUAUAGAAAAAUAAUGUGCCCAAUACUUACAGGUUCACAUUAUUUAUGAUAUCUCCUUAAACCAUGAAUUUCAUGUAUUAAACAGAGAGAAAUGGUAUACAUAAUUACUUUGGAAGUAGUUACUAAAAUGCCAGGUCUGUAAGUGUUACACCCACCACUUGCUACAGAGUAUAUUCCACUACACUAAUGACACCAGCAUCCGAGUCAAGAGAUUGACAUCUGGCCCACAGUUCCUUUUCUCUCUUACAAAUCCAUAUAAUGAAUUUGCUGUAAUAUUUGCCAAUUGCAAAAAUCUAAAAAAAAAAUUCCCCUUUCCAUUUCUUAUUCCUUUCCCAUCCUUUCCUUUUUUGACAUGAUAUUGCAUCAUCUUAUGUACAAUUAUUCAAAUAUUUAGCUACACCUUUUCUAGUUUCGAACUUGCUUUUUUGUUUUUGUUGUAAUUUGUACACACUGAGAAGGGUGUCAAUAGCAUUGCGUCUCCAAUCAAUUGCAUUAAGAGAAGCAUUUGAUUGAAGAACUGAGGCUGUCACUGUCUUCUUUACCAGAGUUGUGUUUUAACCCUGGAAUGAAAACGUGGUUUCUAUAAAAUGGCAAUGUUAUUACAUUCCAUGGUUAAAACGACAGGACCACUGUACUCCGAUUACUUCAGUAAGGUUUAAGUGGAUUAAGUGCCUUUUAAUUUAUGCCUCAUAUAUUCCAAUAUUUGUCUUAAAAUACAAACCUUUGCGUAACCUCUGCACUGUUUGGAUUAAUCUGGCCAAAUAGUCAUUGAGUGAACAUUGUACAAAUUGGAGGUGCUGGAAAAAUCCUAGAUAUUUAAAUGCUUUUUGUUUUACACAGAGAUGCUCAAAUCUACGAGGAGCUUUUCAAUUAUGCCUGUCCUAAAUUCUUAUCACCCGUGGUUCCUAAUUAUGAUAAUGUUCACCCAAACUACCACAAGGAGCCAUACUUGCAGCAGCUCAAAGUUUUUCUAGAUGAGGUACAACAACAAGCCCAGCUCUCCACCAUCCGCAGGUCAGUUUCCAUGCUAAUUACCUUCACAAUUUUCCAGCAGCUUCUUUUGUGCAUGACACUUAUUUGGUCUAAUUUCGCUUUUGUACUCUAGUUUCCUAAAACUCUACACAACUAUGCCAGUAGCUAAAUUAGCUGGAUUCUUGGACUUGCCAGAGCAGGAGUUCCGUAUUCAACUUCUGGUCUUCAAACAUAAGAUGAAAAAUCUAGUAUGGACCAGUGGCAUCUCUGCAUUGGAGGGAGAAUUUCAGUCUGCUUCCGAAGUAGAUUUCUACAUUGAUAAGGUGAGUUAUCUAGAGCUUACCAAGUGCAAAAAUAACAGAAUACUUAGUGAUUUGUUCACUAUGCAUCAGGUUUGUUGAAUUUUAACCUAUUCUCAAGAGUAGACCUAGAAGGUAGUGUUGAAAGAUCCAACUCCAUUUUGAACAAAUGUUUGCAAGUCUGUUCUCUCAGUUCAGUUUAAAAAAACAAAAACAACCCUUGGUUAUUAGAAAAUUGUUUAUUUAGGCAUUACAAGAUAGGCUAUAUUAAAAUGUGAGUGUUUGAUUGUAGGGCAUAUGAUUUAUUACUUGACAAUGCAUGUCAGGGUAUAUGUAGAAGAAACUGUUAACUGGUAGGUACAAAUACUUCAUACAGUGGACAGUGUGAAAAAAUAAUUACGUUUGCACAAAAGAAGUUACAUUUGAUAAAAUAGACUUAUAAUUUUGUUUUGCAUAUUCCAAACUUAUAAAUAUGAUACAGCUUGUAGGAGUCGUUACUAGUCUAUUUUUCAUGCUACGCUAAUAUGCACACUCUUUUCUAGGACAUGAUUCAUAUUGCUGAUACCAAAGUUGCUCGGCGAUAUGGAGAUUUCUUUAUACGACAAAUCCAUAAAUUUGAAGAAGUGAGUAUUGUACAUAUAUAGUUUUCUAGUUUGAAAAAAAACAAAACAAAGUCCAUCAAGUUCAACCACAAAGCCCAUUUUUUUUAUGCUGUUAAUCAAAAAAGGCAGAAAAUCACAAUUGUUGUCCUUUCCAAUUAUGCCACAGAUGAGGGGGGAAAUCCUUCUUGAUUCCAUAAUGGCAUACACAAUUUUCCUUUGAUCAACAGCAUGUAUACACACAUCAAUUAUAUCCUUGAAUAUUCUGUUUACGCAAAAAUAAAAUCCAAGCCUUUAUAUUUUAAAUUCUAUAAUCUCAUAAAACAACCUCUCUAAGGUUUGCGUUUCUAACACUAUAGUGUUCCUUUUUAAAGGAGAAUUGUCACCUCAGAACUAUUUUUAAUAUUUAGAAUACUUUUGUCAAGUUUUGAAAGGAAAUGGAAUAUAUAUUUUUUUUAAAUAAAGUUUUAAAGAAAUUAAUUAUAUGUAAACUAAAAAUUAUUCACAUGCCUCCAGGGUAAUUUGUGGGGAUUUUGUCUUCUCAUGCUCGCUGGAGUAUAGGCAUAUUGAAUGAUAUUGCUUCUGGCACUGAUGUGUUGGCAUUGAAACUAGCAUUAUUAGGGACGUUUGCAUGGGGAAGUUCUCCCGGCAUCGCAAAUUGCUGUUCAGAGGGAUAGAGAGGAAGACAGGACCAGAGGAUGGGUGUUACAGUAAUUUGUUAAAGGGACACUAUAGUCACCAGAACUACAGCUUAAUGUAGUUGUUCUGGUGAGUAUAAUAGCUCCCUUCAGGCAUUUUCAUGUAAACACUGCCUUUCCAGAAAAAAGGCAGUGUUUACAUUGCCCCUAGGGACACCUCCAAGUGGCCACUCCUUAGAUGGCCUCUUGAGGGGUUUCCUGGCUCAGGGCUGCACUGUAGGCAGCCCUGCCGUUCAGCAUCCCCACGCUCUGCAUGGAGAUGCUGAAUAUUCUUCAUAGAGAUGCAUUGAUUCAGUGCAUCUCUAUGAGGAGGUCCUGAUUGGCCAGAACGGCAUUUGGCUCUGCUCCGUGCCGAUUUUAUCCAAUCCAGUGCUUUCCCUAUGGGAUAGCAUUGGAUUGGCUAAUAAUCAGCCGUUUUGAUGUCACAAAGGGGGCAUAGCCAGCACCGGCAGACCAUCGCGGCGCUGGAAAUAGGUGAGUUUUAAACUUUUAUAUGACAUGCUUUCUGUGCAAGACUAAAGUGGGGAAGACAAGAAAAACUGUCUGAGUAUUUCUAAUUUGUUUGUUUUUGUUUGGGGGGAAUUUAGAUAUACGUCAUUUAAAAUAUAUUUAUUUUGGGGGGCGGGGUCUGGCCGCCGACGGGAUCAGACGCGUUCUGUCUGAGCUCCCGCUCCAAGGCCCAAAAACCGGAGCAAAUUGGAGGAUAACCGCGACCGGAGGGUCCCACAGAUGUCCACAAGGACCCCCAGUCACUGGGGAAAGCGGGGAUGCCGCAUGGGUCCCGGUCCGGCACCGACAGUAACCCGGCCGGGCUCGGAGUUCGUUGGGGCUUGAGCCAGGAAGGGACGGCCGCUUUCCUGGGUCUCCUGGCCGGCGGUUCGCGUCCGCCCCCCCCCCUGGACCGGGGGGGUCAUCCCGGUCUGCAGAGGUACCAACCAGCACACCAACCUUGGCCCAAUCAACCACCCUAGCAGGGAACAUCACCCGGGCGACAGUACACAAGAUGGCCGCCGAGCGCCGGCCAUGUGCGCGAGCUGCCAGAGAGAUCAAGAUGACGCCUGCUCAAAAAUGAGGAAAACAACGCAGUCAAAGAGAAAAGCACCCACUAUUAUCCUACCAGUCUACUACAGGGCAGUAAAGCUCAUGGACACUGCAAGCAGGAUCAAGUCACACUCUCAUGGAAGUGCCGGCAGCAGAACUCGCCUAGACAGCACUCACCACACAAGGAGACAUGACAGAGUGCAGUGGGGAGGUUCACAGGUCCAUGGACCGGAAAAUCUCGGGGUCCCACUAAUGCUGAACGCCCUGCUGCAGCCCAUCGGUGGUACUGGGUGACAACUGGAUAAAGCGGCUCCUGCUAACACACAGCAAGAUCAUCUCCAGCAAUGUAAAGACUCUUGUUAUUCUCAAUGUCAGUGCUACCCUCUUUCCACGAUUACAGAACACAGAGGUGUUAAUAGCUCUGUGUCCCGAUAACCACUCCUAGCUAGCAACCACCUUGACUAAUUAGCUCUGUUGGCCAGACUUAUCCCCUAGCACUGUUCUGUCUACCCAUGCUAUUGUAUGACAAGCACUUAACUCAUUGUGUUCACUUAGUCACCUGUGUAACAUGUUAGGAAAGCAAGCCCAGGUGUACACAUAUAUACCUGCAUAUAAACAGACUUACACCUGAACAUCACUUAUGAUACAUACUAAGCAUGGACAGCUCAUAUCUCACACUCACUGCGCCCACUAGCUAAACAUGCCUAAUUAACCUGUUCAUUAACGUUGAAACUCUGCUCUUCACGCGUCAUUACUAGCCUAGUCUCGAACUACCUAAGCUUGUGAAAUGUACUUUGUCAGUCUAUACCAUAUUCAAAAUGUGCACUGUCCAAUCACUCCCCACUGUAUCUAUUGUUGUUGAAAUUAGCGAGUGGACUGCCGGUGGGGUACCACAAGCAUUAUUGUUCCAACUGUAUGCACUACAAAAAUAAAGAAUUAUAAAAAAAAAAAAAUAUAUAUUUAUUUUAAAAAAAUUAUUGAAUAGGUUAUUAUAUUUAAAAAAAAUAAAUAAAUCAUUUUGAGGUGACUGUUGUCCUUUUUUAAGUAUGUAAAUAACUCCCGAAGCAACUAAAGUGUGCAAAUGCUAUGUUUAUUGAUUUGUGGGAGCAGUUAUACUUGUUUUAGCUUAGUGUGACAAGUUCACUUUAAUUUCUGAAGAUGACUAUUCUCUGUUCCUGCUGCAGUAUUUGCUUACAUUGCAGAGCUGUUACUUCCUGGUUGCCAAGUAACAGCUCGGUGUAAAGAGGACAGUAUUGUAAAGUAGUUUCUCCUUAUCCUUUUUUUUUUUUUGUACUAAGAGUUUGAUAAAGAAGGGAGGAAGUGAGAAAAAUGUUACAAGAUAAGGAGCAGAGCUGUGUUAUGUUGAGAGUUUAACAUAUUUUUUUCUUCUAUUGCACAGUUGAACAAGACCUUGAAAAAGAUGAGUCAGAAACCCUGAAGGUGUCUGUGUGGUUGAAAAAAAAUAAAUAAAAAAAUGACAGUUCUACAGAGCUUAUGCCAAGAAGUUUAAAAGCCUUUUAAUGAAAAUGAGUACAAUAGAACAUUGUACUAUGUCCAGUGUUGGUGUUUCCAUUCUUAAAUGACCUAAUUGUGCUGGUGACAUACUUUUUGACCAUUUGGCUACUGCAGUAAUGUUGUAGCAUAGCCACUUGUACAAGAAAUGUGGGAAACUUUGUAAGAAGACUUCAGAUGGCGUUCUACAAAACAUGAAGCAUUUUGUUUGUUUUUAAAUGGGUGUAUUGAGUUGAUUGGCCUUUUCUUUUCUUUUUUUUUUCUUUUUUUUAUUUGCUGAUUAAACAAGCAACUGUCAUUUGUUUUAUUUCCAUCUAUGUGUUCUUUAGUUACCUAAAAUAAUGUGCUUGUACUCUAUUCUUAUUGGCUGAAAACCCUUAAUACACUAGCUUUAGUUCUGCUUGGUUAUUACAUUCUUCCUCUAAAAUUAAGGAACUACCUACAUUCUCUUAUGUAAAUAUAAAGCACCAAUGUUCAUUAUGUUGUUAACCUUUUCUAGAAUGAAAAUUAAUUCUGCAAGAAACAGUUGAGAUUACGUCAAUUAGAAUCUGGUUUUAUUUAGCAGGACACUAAUAAUCAGGAGAUCAUUUACACUUGCCACAAAUGACUGAAAGUUAUCCUUUGUGAUCUUGCCUAGAUAUUGGAUAUUCUGUUUACCAUCAUUUAAACAGAACUUACUCCAUUUGGAGGGGAGCUAUGUAAUCAGUACAGCUUCCUGGUGGCUUGCCUCUAUAAACUCUAUAUAUUGUGUUAUGUUAUAACCCCCAACAUACCACACCAGACUAUAAGGUGAGAACAUAAGACUCCUAUGUAGCAUUUACAUGGAAAUCUAGUGCAAUAAGGUAAAUAUCAGUGGGUGCUUUCUCCUUCUACAAUGUUUAAAGCCCACAAAAUGGGUUUUUGUAAAAUAUGCCCCUGGCAUGUCCAUGCUUAACACUCUGCCUUUUAAGAGUUUUGUUUUAGCUUACAGUACUAGCCCUUCCUUAAAAAGUACUUGCGACUGCAAGCCUGGAGGCUCCAUGGCACACUCACCAGGGAUGACUUUCUACUUCCAUGGUUACAUUUUUGGUGGAAAUGUUGAGUCCUUCUUGUAGUGUAGUGAGGUUUCUGUUCAUGUGUGAUAUGCACAAUAAAACAGGUGCACAAAGAAUUGCUCAUUAGUUAACAGUAGGUGGGCACUUGUGUGUGGCACUGCCCUAGAUUUAAAAAUAAAUAAAUAAAAAUUCCAAGUGCCUAAUAUUUACUUUGUGUUUAAUGAUGUGGCAUAAUAUUCUGGCAUCAUGCAUUAGUAGACCA